AUGGGAACGGUAGAUUUGGCGAAUGCAUUGGUGAAAUGGGUAAUCCGCGCGGGUUUUCCCAAACAGGAGGAGUAUGAGGACAUGGUAUGGGAGAAGACCAAAGACGUAAUGAAGGAAUUUGUGGACUACAUGGAGGGCGACGAGAUAAUACUGUAUGCAACGGCCUGUGAUAACACAGCAUGGGAGCGCCCCGACCACCCAAACGAGAUUCCGGAAUAUGGACCAGUGCACGUGAGCCACAGAAUUGUAUGCGUACUCAUGGUUGCGGCAUUAUUUUUCAUGAAUGGGUGGCAUACUGCUGCAUUGGGAAAGACGCCGGGAAAUGACAUUAACGAUAAAAUAAGGGAGCACUUGCUAUGUGCAAUAGUGCAUAUGUUCAGCGAAGUAUUAAACGAAUCCGUGUGCAGAAGUGAAUGGGGCACUUUUUAUGCAUGGAAAAUAAUGGAAAAGACAGGGGGGAAAGGAGGUUUUGUGGGAGGUUUAAUACAGCAGGGGAAAUGUCGUAGACAACUAGUUGAGGAUUUGCAAAUAAGAAAACUUCACUUAAAUGCAGAGGUAAAGAAAUGGUUACAACAGGAUAGCAGACUACACAGGGUUAUACAGAAAAUAAGACGACACACACCGUGCAAGACGCCGUGGAAGAAGGGAUGGAAGAUAGCGGAUAUCUGGAAUAGAGAGGAUACGGAGAAUAAUGACACCUUAGGCAUUACUCAGAUAGUCGCGGACUUGAAGGAAGGCGUGCAGGAGAUAUUACAGGAACUCGGGACAAACGUGCAGGAAAGCAUAGCAAAAAGGCAGCAGGACAAGAAGCGAAAGUCCGGUAAGGCAAGGGAGCGAGGGGCAGAAUGA